AUGAUUCAAGAAGUAGCAAAAGUCGACAAGUAUUGGGUACCAUUUGAAAGAUUUAAAAAUAUAAAAGAAAUUAGUAAAGGUGGGUUUGCUAAAGUGUAUUCUACAAGAUGGAUUGAUGGCAAAGCAUUAUAUUAUGAUUCCUUGCAUACAACAUUACAACCAUUUAAUAAACCAAACGGACAUUACGUCCCUCUAUGGAUCGUUUAUAUAACUUCAAAUUACUUACAUUCUGGUGGAUGGUCUUCUCUUAUUGGUUUAUACAAUAAUUCUCUACAAUUUUAG